AUGCCUAUCCUGCACACCUGCGCCCCUGUUCUUCAAAGUCCCAACACUUCCUUAUCCUUAUUUCCCAGCAGCACAAGCCGCUUCCCGACAUUUUGUACAGUUAAGCUUCCAUUUCGGAGCUUUUAUGCACAGCCGGGCCAGCCCAGGAAGUUUGUGUUUGUGGCUAAAGCGGGUCGAGGCCUAAAGCUGAAGACAGAAAAAGUGAGUGAAGGAGAAGACGAUAAAGAACAUGACUUUAUUGAUAUAGAGGCUGAAGUUGAAGCUGAAUCUGAAGACAGAUUUUCAGGCCGAGGUGGGUUCACAGGGAGAGAGGAAGAAAAGGACUUUGAUCGAGACCCUGAGUUUGCUGAAAUUAUGGGUGCUUGUCUUGAUGACCCACAAAAGGCUAGGUCCAAGAUGGAAGAUAGGUUGAGGAAGAAAAGGAACAAGAUAUUGCACACAAAGUCUGGUUCAGGUGUACCCAUGAAUGUGACAUUCAACAACUUUGGUUUCUCAAACUCAUAUAUAUGGUUUGAAUUCUACAACACUCCAUUGGAACAAGAUGUUUCCUUAAUCUCUGAUACCAUUCGAUCAUGGCACAUCAUUGGACGCAUGGGUGGAUGCAAUUCCAUGAAUAUGCAAUUGUCACAAUCUCCUUUGGAUAAAAGACCGAGUUAUGAUGCCAUUCAGGGAGCAAAUGUAACACCAACUACAUUUUACAAUAUUGGAGAUCUUGAGAUUCAAGACAACUUAGCACGUGUUUGGGUGGAUAUUGGCACCAGUGAACCAUUGCUACUGGAUGUUCUAAUAAAUGCAUUGACUCAGAUAAGCUCCGACUUUGUUGGAAUCAAGCAAGUGGUGUUUGGUGGGUCUGAAUUUGAAAACUGGAAGGAGAACUUGACAUCAGAGGAUGCAGGUUACAGUGUUCACAACAUUUAG